GGAAACUGAGCGGUGGGCGGGACCUGACGCCGCCCCGCCCCCGCGUUUCCUCCUCGUUCACUUUCCUUUCCGCGGAAAGCGGGUCGGGCCGGCGGAGAAUGGACGACCCGGACUGCGAUUCUACCUGGGAGGACGAAAGCGAGGAGGACGGCGAGGAUGGCCAAGCAGAUGAUGCGAGCGAUGAGGACACGGGCGACGAUGACGGCGACGCGGAGGAGACACGGCCCGGCCCGUUCCAGUCCAGGAUGACAGGGUAUCGAAACUGGCGAGCUAUGCAGGACAUGCGAAGGUACCGGCACAACUACCCGGAUUUGGCAGAUCAAGACUGCAAUGGUGACAUGUACAACCUGAGUUUCUACAAAAACGAGAUCUGCUUCCAGCCAAACGGUCUCCUCAUUGAGGACAUCCUUCAGACCUGGAAAGAGAGUUAUGACCUCCUUGAAGAGAAUCACUCCUACAUCCAGUGGCUAUUUCCUCUGAGGGAACCAGGAGUGAACUGGCACGCCAAGCCCCUCACACUCAAGGAGGUUGAGGCAUUUAAAAGUUCCAAGGAAGUCAGAGAGCGUCUCAUCCGGGCCUAUGAGCUCAUGCUGGGCUUUUAUGGCAUCCAACUUGAGAGCCGGGACACUGGUGCUGUAUGCCGUGCGCAGAACUUCCAGCCACGCUUCCACAACCUGAACAGCCACAGCCACAACAACCUGCGUAUUACACGCAUCCUGAAGUCGCUGGGUGAGCUGGGCUUAGAACACUACCAGGCACCGCUGGUCCGCUUCUUCCUGGAGGAGACACUAGUACAGCACAAAUUGCCCAGCGUGCGCCAGAGUGCCCUCGACUACUUUCUGUUUGCUGUGCGCUGCCGGCACCAGCGCCGGGAGCUUGUGUACUUUGCGUGGGAGCACUUCAAGCCGCGACGCGAGUUUGUCUGGGGGCCCCAUGACAAGCUGCGGAGAUUCAGGCCCCAGGCUGUACCCCGGCCACCAAUGGGACUAGGCCAGACAGAUAAGAGUGAGGGCUCCAGGGACACCUUCCAAGGGGCUGGCACCCAGGGUCGGACCUGUGGAUCUGGAAGGGACUUGAGUGGGCACAGUGGAACAGCUGACGAUCCCUCAUUGCUGAGCACAAAGCUCCAGGAUGUGGGAACGCUGGAUGGGGAUCAGAGAGAUGAGCCUAAGUCCCUGAGUCCCAAAGAGAGCAAGAAGAGGAAGUUGGAAGGGAACAGGCAGGAGCAGGUCUCAGGGGAGCCAGAUCCCCAGGGUGUCUCUGAGGUAGAAAAAAUUGCCCUCAACCUUGAGGAGUGUGCCCUCAGCCCUAUCAGCCAGGAACCCAGGGAGGCUGAACAGCCCUGUCCUGAGGCCAGAGUGGCUGAUGAGGUAAGGAAACGGAGGAAGGUAGAGGCGGGGGCCGAGGGUGAUGGAGUAGCCAGUAACACUCAAGUGCAGGCCCAUGCCCUGCCUCCUACCCCUUCAGAGUGUCCUGGGGUCCAAAAGGGUGAGAGUGGGCCAGAGGACCCAAACAGCCAGGUGGAGACAGAGGACCCAAACAGCCAGGUGGGGACGGAUGACCCAAAAAGCCAGGUGGGGACAGAGGACCCAGAAAGCCAGGUGGGGACAGAGGACCCAGAAAGCCAGGUGGGGACAGAGGACCCAGAAAGCCAGGUGGGGACAGAGGACCCAGAAAGCCAGGUGGGGACAGAUGACACAGGAAGCCAGGUGGGCACAGAUGACACAGGAAGCCAGGUGGGCACAGAUGACACAGGAAGCCAGGUGGGCACAGAUGACACAGGAAGCCAGGUGGGGACAGAUGACACAGGAAGCCAGGUGGGGACAGAUGACACAGGAAGCCAGGUGGGGACAGAGGACCCAGGAAGCCAGGUGGGGGCAGAGAAUGGUGCCUCUGUGAACCUGGUGGAAGACCCUGACUCUGAUACCACAAGAACCUCAAUGGAUGAGUCAGAAGAGUUGGCAAGGAUAGGGGUCUCUACUGAACCCCCAAAGCCUUAGAGGUCCAUCUCAAUCCUCCUCAGCCCAAUGCAGGGGGUUUCUGAGCCCCAGAGCUCUGUUGUUGGCUCUUCUUGGUGCCCCACAGUGCUGGCCUCUCCCUGGUGGUCACUAAAAGUGCCCACCAGAGGGACUGAGGCCCUGCCCUCAGGGAAGGCCAAGGCCUUCAGAACCCUCCUUACCUCACUGUGUCCUCCCCCACUGCCCUCUGAGCCCCGUGUUUGUGAACAGACCGUAAGGGUCUGGGGGGAGGGGCCUCUUUUCUUAGUCUGGUGCCAAGUGAGGCCUUUUCUGAAUAAACUCUUUAGACUUUGUCUUUGGUGAGGACCACGGUUCUGUUUGGUUGCCUGUGACCUCU